ACGCGCAUGCUGAGCCCCAGACGUAUCCGUAACAACUCGAUUUCGAUGGCAACACGUGGAGCAUGUGCUGUACUAAUCACAUUUUUUCUCAUAUUUGUGUUGAUAACAAAUACAUCGAACAAAUCAUUGUCGAGUGACGUCAUUGAAAAAAGCGAGCAAAAAAUCAGUCAGAUGGAGGAGGAAGGACGAGGAGAUACGAUUGUCGAAUUUAAUAAAAACAAUAUUCCUGACGACACUGUCUCAUCAUUACUGGAAAGAAUAAAAUUACUUGAAGACGAACUUUCGUCGAUGAGAACUCGGAUGGAUGAUGCUGAAAAUCGAGAAGGAAAUGCUGCAAAUGGAGAUGAAAUUGUUGCACCUCUCCCGACAACAAAGUCAUUCCCAUCUGUUCGAUACCGGAAUGAGGAAACUCGAAAACGUAUUCUGAUUACUGGAGGAGCUGGUUUUGUUGGAUCACAUUUGGUAGAUAAGCUGAUGUUAGACGGGCAUGAAGUCAUCGCACUGGAUAAUUAUUUCACUGGAAGAAAGAAAAAUGUUGAGCAUUGGAUUGGACAUCCAAAUUUCGAAAUGGUUCAUCACGAUGUUGUGAAUCCAUAUUUUGUGGAAGUUGAUCAGAUUUAUCACUUGGCUUCUCCUGCAUCACCACCUCAUUAUAUGUAUAAUCCUGUCAAAACUAUCAAAACGAACACAUUGGGGACUAUUAAUAUGCUUGGAUUGGCAAAACGCGUCAAAGCCACAGUUCUUCUUGCAUCAACUUCAGAAGUUUACGGAGAUCCAGAAGUUCACCCACAGCCAGAAACUUAUUGGGGACAUGUUAAUACAAUUGGACCACGAGCAUGUUAUGAUGAGGGUAAACGAGUUGCCGAAUCGCUUAUGGUUGCUUACAAUAAACAAGAAAAUAUCAAGAUUCGAAUUGCUCGAAUUUUCAACACUUUUGGACCAAGAAUGCACAUGAAUGAUGGACGAGUUGUUUCGAAUUUUAUAAUUCAGGCACUUCAGGAUAAACCAAUCACGAUCUACGGGAACGGAACUCAAACGCGAUCAUUCCAAUAUGUGACAGAUCUUGUUGAUGGACUGAUUAAGCUGAUGAACAGUAAUUACUCUCUCCCAGUCAACAUUGGAAACCCAGAAGAACAUACAAUCGGGCAGUUUGCAACAAUUAUUCGUGAUCUUGUUCCAGGAUCAACAAGUGAAAUUGUGAAUUUGGAAUCUCAACAGGAUGAUCCUCAACAAAGAAGGCCAGAUAUCCGGAGAGCUGCUGAACAAAUAUCAUGGGCUCCACAAGUUCAUAUGAAAGACGGACUCCUUAAAACUGUUGACUACUUUCGUGCUGAAAUUGACCGAAAUAAACGAGGAGGGAAACCUGUACCGGAGCCUGUAAGGCUUGCAGGUCUUGAGAGUCGACGAUGAGAACGCAACAAGCAAGGCUCGAACCGAAACUUCCAAUUUAUAUCAUUUCUUUUUUCAAAAUAUUUCCUGUCUUUUAAAUACGGGUAAUUUCCUUAUUCUAGGCAUUAUUUUACAUUCUUCCAAUCCUGGUUUACAUGUAAAAACGUGCUUCAUUAUCAGUGCGUUUUCUCCGGUAUUUUUGCUUUUUCAAAAUCGAUAUCAUCUUGAUUUAAAUACGCGGUUCACAUUUUCCUCUAAUUCACAGUCUAUUUUCCGCUUUCAUGUUGUAUAUUUCAAUUUUAUAGAAUUUUUAAAUGCACCCGUCUUUGAUAAAAAUUGAACUUUCGUACAAGUGCUCGACUUUUUUUUGUUUUUUGUUGUGAAGUGAUAGAUGUUGGUUGUCGUGCCUGGUUUCAUUACAUAAAAAAGCUUUCUAAUUCCA